AUGUUGACAAGAGCAUUGAGAUUGAUAGUGCGGACUAGGAGUCUGCCCAGAAAACAACUCCGUUGGUACAGUGAUUUGCCUCCCGAUGUUGCGGAAGAACUUGGAAUGACUGUCGGUGAAAUAGGGAUUGAUGAUGACGGAUUUCUACUCAAGGAUAGCUUCUAUACUGAAAAAACGUUCCAAAACUCAAAGUUCUAUCAGCACAUGCAGAAGGUCCGCGCCGAGCAGGAACGUCUGAUUGACCUGAAAUUGAGAUUUCUUGCGCAACAGAACGAAGUCGACGUCAAGGAGCUACGUAAACAGCUAAAGCAGAGAGUUGAUGCACAGGUCGGUCAGGCUCAUAAAACUCACCAAGCAAUAAAUGACAACAUUGCAUCUUUUGAGAGAGAAAUGAGCUUGCCCUUCAAAGUGGACCUUGUUGGUGAUUUGCUCAAAAUCUUGAAGUUCGAGUCCGAUGAUCUGGAGAGCUCCCCCGUGUAUCAAUAUUUGGUGAAAACCGAUGCUUCCUUGGCACAAGAGCUCCGCUCUCUGCUAUUGCAUGAUAUUUCUGCAGAGCAGAAAACGCAGCUGGAACUCAAGCUAAGUCAGAGAGUUUGGUCAGAGAGCAAGAGACGACAAUUGCAAGAGCUAAUUAAGAAAAGAUACGUCGAGUUUGUGAACUACAAACAAAAAAAGGAUACCGAGCCUAUCUCGAUCAACGAAAUAUAUGACCUCAUGGAUAAGUACCCUUCCUUUGAGCAAAGCGAUCUCUACGAGAUCCUGCGUGAAAUUGAUCCUAGAUUUGGAACACUUUAUGCAGAGGUUCGGACUCUUGCGGAAGGAGAGGAGCGAAAAUUGCGUCACAUACAACUGAACAGACUACUUGCUGACGAGAGUACUGGAAUCUGGAAAGUCUUGAAUGACUUGGACAGCCGUGAAUUUAAAGCCGUUAAAAGUGUCUUGGAGGACGAACGUGCAAAAUUUGAGCCGUUGGGUGCAGAGAGUCUGGUUUCAUAUGCGCGUAUUGCUGAGAAAGAUGAGAAUUUGGAGAUUUUUGAUUCCAUUGACGAAUCUCUAAGUGUUUUCUUGCAAAAAGCUCGCGACAACGAGAACGACGAAAGAGUUGUUGCUCAAGUGCACGAACUACUGACCGCUGAGGGACCAUUGAAGGAGUUUUUGGAAGACACUAAGAGCGAACAAUACCAGAAGCUGCAGGCCAAGGUCAACAGAGCGAGGAUUAAAUACCAGAAGGAGGUGGUCUUGAACCCGCUAACCAAAGAAAUCAAGAAACUAGCCAAAGAAGACCAGUCUAAUCUGAGUCCCGAGGUGGCUCAGAUCAAUAAGUACUACGACCUCUUUAUCCAAACGAUGCAUGAACUGGAACAGGAGCUGAAGAACGGAGAGUACGAGCCGAUUUCCUCAAAAGUUCACCUUGAGGCACCAAACCUUCUUGACCAUGAACCGACUCCCCAGCAGCUCGCUGAGGUUCAAAAAAUAGACCGUUCAAGGAGAUACGAGGCUGAAGAUGACACCCUCCGUUUCUGUGCUCACAUGAUUAUGCACGGAGGUAAAAGACAGAGGGCAAGAAGAUACAUCAAUCAAGCUCUGUAUCUCGUUUACCUUGAAACGAGGGAGAACCCUGUGGACAUUUUGAAGCAGGUUCUAGAUACUGUGGCUCCUUUGGUGGUGACACGCGUUGUGAAAACCGGAUUUGCCAAAAACUACUCGAUUCCUGCUCCCUUGACUCCUAGACAGCGGAUGCGUACUGGCUUCAAAUGGAUUUUGGAGGCCAGUGAUAGCCGUGCUUCGAACGACUUCCCUGUGCGUCUCGCCGAAGAGAUAUUGAACGUUUACAGAGGAAACUCGAAACUGCUUGAGAAGAAGACCUCUUUGCAUAAACAAGCCAUUUCCGUUAGAUCUUACCUGAAGCUGUGA